GAGACCCAAAAAAAAAAAAGACCUACUAAAAGCCUUGAGAUUUUUAUUGUUUUUUCUUUAUGGAAAAUCAAGAAAUUAACCAGAUACAAAUGUUUGGGAACCAACACUACGCAAUUAGCAACUGACUCAGAGCGACAAUGGCGGGAUUUGAUAAUCCAACGGCUAUCACCAUCUUCUUCAAAUAUUUUGAUCUCAAUCAUUUUAAUCUUUGUAUUAAAUCCUCGCAAUUUCCUUCUCCAUAAUUUCCUCUGUUAUUCCUCAUAGCAUUCUCUCUCUCUCCCUCUCUCUCUCACGCACGCACACAUUAAGAAGAAGAAGAAGAAGAAGAAGAAGAUCAUCAUCACAUUGUCUGGGGAUUGCUCUGUCAAAAUCUUAGAGGGCUCUUGAUAGGAUGAACGAUCUCAUGACGAAAUCGUUUCUAAGUUACGUGGAGUUGAAGAAGCAAGCGCAGAGCGACUUAGAAAUGGGGGAAAUCAGCCAAAGCGAUGAAGAAAAUGAAAAUCUCACAAACUUCUUCGACCAAGUCGAACACAUCAAGAGCGGUAUGCAAGAGAUCACCCAUCUCUUGCUCGAUCUUCAAGCUCUCCACGACGAGACCAAAUCCACUCAUACUGCCAAAAUCCUCCGCGGGCUGAGGGAUCGGAUGGAUUCCGACGCGGCCGCCGUCCUAAGCAAAACCAAGAUCGUCAAGGCGAGGCUCGAUGAGCUCGACGCAUCCAACGAGGCUGCCUCGGGCAGUGCAGUUGAUCGAAUGAGGAGCUCGACCACGAGCGGAUUGCGAGUGAAGCUCGGUGAGAUCGUGAGCGGCUUCCGAGCUCUGAGGGAGAAGAUCAUGGCGGAUUACAAGGAUGGCCUGAGGAGGAGGUGCUACAACGCGACGGGGGAGCACCCGAGCGAGGAGGUGAUCGAGGCGAUGGUGUCGGGGAAGAUCGGAGAAGAGGAGGCUGAGGCAGAGGCAGAGGCAGUGAUGGAUAUUUGGAGGAGUUUGAACAAGCUUCAUGAGGUGUUUCUUGACAUGGCUGUGUUGGUGGAGGGUCAGGGCCACCGGGUUGACGACAUAGAACGCAACGUCGCCGCUGCGGCCAGCUUCGUCGGCGGCGGAACCGGCAGCCUGUUCUAUGCCAAGCAGAUGAAGAAGGGGAGGGGGAAGUGGAUGUGUUGGCUUUGGGGUGUUGGAUUUGUCAUAAUGUUGGUUUGCUUGGUUGCAAUGUUUACAAAUUAGAGCUUUAAAUAUGUUCCAAGUGUUAGUACUUUUAAACAUAUAUACAUUUGGUAUGCUCAGUGAUGAGAUAGUCUAUCGCAUGCUACCUUCGUCCCUCAAA